GCCAUCGCCACCGUUGAUUAAUUUGCAUUUGCAUUUGCAUAUCUCCUCAAGAGCUUGCCUAACCUUUUCUACACGACUUUCCUCAUCGUCACCCUUAUCGUAAUCUGCGGGAGUCUACCCGCUCCUGCGCUUUGAUCGAAUAUGUUCUCAGAAUAUGCGUCUAGGUUCUUAGCCCAGUCGCAAUCACGGUUAUCCAAUUUCGGGCAGCCGGACAACAACGAACCCUCAAACCGACAAGCCCAAGCCACCGCAGGCCGACUCUCUAGGCAUCCAACACGGUCCACGUACCAGACCCGACUAGGAAACCCUUAUCAACCUUCGAAUUCGCGAUUCGGAGGCUUCUCCCGGUACAAUACUACCUCGGAUGCUCCGCUCUUUCACAGUGCCUUAAACGAGUACCGAGAAGAUGAAGAUGAGGACGAUGCGAGAGAGGCUGCUGACCUUCGGGCCUUGCAGCGAUCGCGUCGGGUUUUCGUCUCGAGCCGGCUAGAGGAGAGCUCGGCUUCGGAGAAUGACGAUCUUCGCGCCUCGUCCGAGCAUAAUGGGAGCGACUCGUAUGGGAACCUGUAUUCAAGCGCUCGUCCCAUAGGCGGUAUCAAGAGUAGCUGGAACGGGGAAUCGAGCUUUAAGGAGAGGCAUUCAAAGCACGAUGUAACCAAUGAGCCACACGGCCUGAGCAGCCAACAGAAUAAACGGCAGAGCCCUGAUACGGAUGAGAGUGGAAAGAUGGUCGAUAUCGGCCUAGAAUCGACAGUAUUGGAUAAUGAGGUACCCGAUGACCUAUUGCAAGAAACUCCCACAGAUUCGGCACCGCCCGCAUUCCAGCAGUUCAAAUCCGGGUCGGGCGGUCCGAAAGGUUUGGCUGGACGGAGAGGCUCAAAUUUAGAGCACGAUCGGCGUCUGAUGCGACAGGCUAUAGCGGAGGAAGAUGAGACCGAGGAAGAAGAACGAAACGAGAUCCCUACGCCUGCGCCUACGCGAAUGUAUGGCGAGAUCUUCGUGCAUGAUCAAUUCUUCGCAUGGAUCUAUCUUAUAGCUGUUGCCUCCCUUUUCGCGACCUUCGUAUUGGUCUGGUUGCAUACAUCUGUGCCCGGCAGGAAGAUUGGUGACACCAUCUACACGACGCUACAUUCGUCCUUUUACCUCCUAGCCGUAGAUACCCUAGUCUCAAUCGUUGUCGCCCUAGUUUGGAUGGCAGCCCUGAGGUCUUUUGUACAACCCUUAGCUCUACUCAUCCUACUGGGCGUCCCGAUCGUCCUCUUUUCAUUUUCGUUGUAUCCGAUGGUUUCCAGUUUCCAGGGACCAGACCACGGAUCACGCGUACAGGACGUGGUAAUGAGGUAUGCCUCUAUCAUCCCGGGAGUAUGCGCAAUCGUAUGGGUGUGGUUACUAUACAAGGGACGUCACGAAAUACAGAGGGCCGUCGAUAUUCUAGACUUCUCUAGUCGCAUCCUUGCAGCCAAUCCGGCGCUAGUGCUACUCGGGCUUGGUUCUCUGGGCUUCGUUGUUGGGUGGACGUGGAUAUGGUUAUGGAUGUUUACGAGAAUUUUCCUCGGUGGUUACUUUUCCAAGUCGCUCUCGGCCUUCGUCAUUGGUACUGCGACUUGGUGGUUAGCGGUAUUCUUCUUCCUCAUGUAUGUUUGGACUCUCUCCGUUAUGAGCGGAGUAGUUCGCGCCACUACUGGAGGUACCGUUUCGAACUGGUACUUUUUCCGCAAUAACCAGUCGCCGGCCUCGUCGAAUGCGAUUGUCAAGGGUGCUCUGGGACAUUCCACGACUACGGUAUUUGGCACUAUUUGCGCCUCGACUUUACUAUCCCUAGCAGUUCGAGUUCCCAUUCUGAUUCUUCCCCGCCGAAUCUCGAGCAUCUUUGAGUUUAUAGGAUGGCGCCUAGCCCCGCGCCCGGUAUCAGUCCUAACAAACCCUCUAACGCUGACAUACGCGUCGAUCCAUUCAUUACCCCUAAUGGAAUCAGCGUCACAACUAAGUAGAAUACAGUUUCUUGCUACGGGACCUACUACAACCCUUACACCAAGCGCCUUUUCCCGGCGUGGACAGUCAACCUCGUCUUUAAUGCCUUAUAGAAUGGCGAAAAUGCUCCUUCAUGCCGCAAGAGUUGUCAUGUCAACAGCUUUGGGUUUUGCGGCAUGGGUUAUGACCGCACGACAGUUGCAGGUCCAAAUACCUGAUGGUCCGGGCAUUAGAGGGAGUGCUUACGCGUAUGUAGUCGGUAUAGUGGCUAGUAUGAUUGGUUGGGGCGUGUUGGGCGCAAUGGAAGGUAUCCUAUCAGGUAUUCUCGACGGUGUGCUUAUAUGCUAUGCUAGUGAGAGGCGAUUAGGUAGUGAACGUGCGACCUACUGUAUCGAGGCCGCGCGGUUAUUUGAGGAGAGGCGGUACGAUGAACGGGAUAUGGUUUGACGGCCUUUUUUUUUUCAACGACAUAUUGCACUUUUUAGCUUCGGCGUUAACGUUAGGCCGCCAACGGCUGUGGGUAGGAGUCUCGAGAUUGGACAUUGCUAGAAUUAAGACUGCUUAGGUUUUGUUUUGUUUUUGGUUUUGGUUUUUUCCCGCUUAGUAGUCAUUAUACUAAUGACGCAAAGCACUCGACUAUUUGUAACAUGGUUAGGACAGUUCCUCAGGUGGCGGUGGGUUUUACGAUCUUCCUGACCGGUUAGACUGGCUCAUAUAAAGUUCAGAACAUAGGGCGGGCUAU